AGGAAAGCGAGGAAGCAAGAGGAAGAGAAGAGGAAACAAGAGAAAGAGCUGGAGAGAAUUAUUUUAACACUUGGGAAACUGGACAAGGAAACUGGAGAAGUCUUGCCCCACAGUUUAUCACAAAUCUUUCAGAUCUGAAAAAAUCCAUAGGCGUUUCUGUCCAUCUUCCACUGUGAGAAGAGAACUCAGCGCUAUGGGUCAGAAAGGAUGUGUAGCUGUCAAGAAACCUCACUGAGAAAACAAAUGAAGAAUAACAAGAAAAGAACAUUUGUAAAUGACACAAAGAUGCUCCCAGUGUUCUCAGAACAAUGGACUGACCACCCCAGAGUCCAGGGCCCAACAUCAUUAUAUGCCUUUAAGAUGAUUUGGACUGUGAGAAACAGAAAAUUCAACCAACUUCUAAGACUGAACUUCGGAGGCGUGGAAAAAACACCCCUCCAGAUUUUUGUUAAAACUGAAAGCAAGUCUAUGAAAUAGGAUUACAGUUUUAGAGGCUUUUAUGUAAUUUUCAGUUCAUUAUAUAUCUUCUGCUUUCCUAUGACUAAAAAAUGAAUAACCUGUACUUAAUGGCUGUUUUAAGUGAAAAAUAACCCUUGUGUGGUGUUUAUGUUUGUUACUCGGUGGUCUGGGGGAGAAGUCUGGUUCCAUUGACUUACAUUAAAAGUAUAGUAGGUUUUUGCCUUCUCCUGUAAAGUUACCAUUUUGGCAAUAUGGGGUUUUCUUCCAACAACAACGAUGUUAUAUUAGUAAAAUACUUCUUUAAUGUAUAAUUGAUGUAGGCAUUUGAGUCAAGCUUUUCUCAGUUUCUCAAUGGCACCCGCACACACCCAGCUUAACCGUUCCUUAAAUUUCAGGGAGCUGAUGAUUCCACCACACUUGAUCCAUACACUGAGCUCAUGGCCCUCCUCCCCAGACAGACCCCGCCCCACUCUCUGGUUUCCCCUGGCAACGUUCAUUCCACACCUUCCUCUCAGGGUUCUCCCGUUACCCAGAAUCCCCUGCUGUCUGCACUGCUCUUCUCUAAGAAGCUGCCCGCUGAGGAAGAGAAAGCUUCUAUUGAGGUCUUGCCGUUGCCUGAUCUGCAGCCUUAUUUGGAUCUCUUGGAGGCUCAUGUUCCUGAAAGUCCAUGUGAGUUGCUGGAGGAGAACACGGAAACAGCCAUGGUUUCUGGCCCACAUCCACUCCUAAAUGUGCACUCUGGCCCUGCUGAGACGAUCCAAACCUACACAUGCGCAAUUUCUGAUACCAGUGAAGGAUCUCCACCAUUAGAACAAAUACUUCCAGAAUCAACUGAACUCGAACAAACCUUUAGUGAACCAAAAGACCUCACAGAAUCCUUCCUAGACACAAUUAUGAGAGCAAGUCCACCUGACAACCUAAACCAGAUGAGUUUAGGACAAUGUGAGCUCAGACACAAUCAGAAUUGUUUGCACAUACAAACAGAAAUGCACCCAGAGCAUGCAAACACAACAGCACCUGAACAUUCGCUAUGUCAACACAAGCUCAUACCAAACGACUCAUCAUAUGUCACAGACGAUAUGAUAUUGUUCAGCCUUGAAAGCUCCAGAGUGCCCAUAGAUCUAGACAUGUCCCUAUAUGGAGAGUUUAGCACCAGCCAAUCGGAGGAUAGUGUCUGUGUCCAGUCAGAUCACAAAGAGCUGCUGGAUGUGCCUGUCCUAUCAGAAUUGGUGGAUCUGCAAUCUCCACUUUUCCCCCCAUCUGAAACAGACAUCAGUCUACAACAGUCAACACAGGAUGAUUCACCCCCAAAAACAGUCUCUGACCAAUCUGAGCAUUCAACUGAGGUCAAUCACAUGAGUCCUUCAUUUGAAACAGCCUUCCAGUCACAACAGGGUCACCACAGCUGGAGCCUAUGCCGUGAUGAACAACGCGCUCAGACCUUAAACCUUCCACUCAGUGUGGAAGACAUCACCAGCAUGUCGGUGGACGCCUUUAACGAGGCCAUCAGCACUCACAAGCUCAGUGAAAGGCAGCUCAGCCUCAUGAGGGACAUCCGCAGGCGUGGCAAGAACAAGAUAGCUGCUCAGAGCUGCCGCAAAAGGAAACUGGACAGCCUGGUGGACCUGCAGGCUGAAGUGGAGGCGCUCCGAGAGGAGAGCCAGCGAAGGCUGAGCGAGAGAGAGAGGAAUGCCGCAGCUCUGUGUGAGACCAGAGAAAAACUCAGCAAGCUAUACGACAAGGUUUUCUCUAAGCUGAGGGACGAGCAUGGAAAUCCUUACAGCUCAAAAGAAUAUAAGCUGCAGUACAGCACUGAUGGACAAGUCUUCCUGCUGCCCAGUACACCACACAUGAAGAAACGCACAGGAGUACACGCUACAGUCACGCACGAAGGGGAGGACCUGUCUGCUGCCAUGUAACAUACAUGAAGAAAUGCUUGUGAAUUCACCCUACAGUACAGCACUAAUGGGAAAAGUGCAUAACUUAAUGAACAGGGUUAUGUCUAGCUAUAAGCACCGUAAGCUGUUUGCUUAGAGGCCCCUUAAAAAUUUUCAGUGCCACACACUUACAGCACUGUGCAAAAGUCAGAGACCACUGCUCAUUUAUUCACUUUCUAGGAGAUUACAUAUAAAAUAAUCCACUUGCAUGAGGAAAAGGGGUACGUCAAAGGAAAAUAAGUGGAAAAAUGUGAAAUGCAGAGAAAAUGAGACUCAUAACUGCGUGAAACCUGGGAGACCGCCAAAACUGUUGUCAUCAGAAUCAGUACUUAAAGAAAUCUGCCGGAAAAUUUCAAAAAUCUCCAAAGUUCAGUAUUAGAAGUUGCCUGAAGUUUCUGCUUCAUAUGAUCCAUGAUGUUGAGGUCUGAAUGGCUUAUCUCUCAAAGAUAAAGCUUGACGUACUGUUUAUCUGAUGGUGACAGUUUUGGUGGUCUACCAGGUCUUGCGUGGAUGUUCGGUAUAGCUAUUAAUGAUUCCAGUUUUGGAAGCUCACUGAUUUUCCUUCAGAUUUUCCUGUAUGCACAUGGAGCAUCUAAUCUCUUAAGAAAUAUCUCUUGACGAAUGAAUAACUUGAACUUAAUGCCUGCAGAUUAAAUAAAAGGCAGCCUCUGACUUUUUGCACAGUGCUGUAUGUUGAAGGCGUGGUCCGGACUAGUAAAUAUAGUUAUAUAAUUCAGCUAUGAGCUUCCAGUUGAACACCAAGUUGGUUGAGACGUUGCAGUUUCAUUGUAUUAUUUUGAAUGUAAUUUUUGGAAGAAAGUGUUACUUUUUUUUUUCUUUUUUUGUCACUUUUGUCCAUAAUAUCCUGCUUAAGCCUCUGGUCAGAUAGGAUCAGGACAUGCCUAGAAUAGUUUCUAGAACAGUUCUGUACUAAUGGGAGAACUUAUGUACUGCCUAUCCCACACAUGAUCAAACAAACAUAGACCUGUACAAUCACUCAAGAUAAUAUGUACAUGCAAACCUACACGCUGCAGACAACGCAGAUUGUAUAUAUACUAUACCUAUAUAUCGCACAUGCAUACACCUACUUAUUACAGACAUGAUUAGCCUAGCCUACCUAUUGCCACACCAAAUUUACCUGAUGCAAUCACUUUGAAACUUUAAAUAAUAGCAUAUUAUACUGAGUAAAAAUGACAAAAAGGAGUUUCCAAAAUUGUGGAUAAAAAAUUAUUAAUAGAUAAAUCUUCAUGUUUUUGUCCAUCAUAAAAGAAUUUUCCCUUUCAAGAUGCCUUUACUGUAAAAAAAACUGCAAAUGACAUAAAGAAGCUGCUAUUGUUCUCAGAACAAUGGACUGACCACCCUAGAGUCCAGACCUCAACGGUACUGAAUGUGUUUGGAAUGAACAGCAUCGUGAGAAGCAGAAAAUGCAAAUAACUUCUAAGACUGAACUUAGGAGUGGAAAAAAUAUCCCAGCUGAUUUCUUUGAAAAAGCAAGUCUUUGAAAAAGAACGGGAGGAUGUUGUAUUUGUUUUUCUAUGCAGUUUUCACAUAUGAAUAUGUCAUUCUGCUUUCCUCCUGAUUCUUAAAAAUGAAUAACGUGUAUUUGUUGGCUGUUUUGACUGGAAAUGAAAUGAAUGGAGGGUGGUCUCUGACUAUAGUGUAGGAGGGUACAAGCACCUGCUUGUAUGAGAAGGAUUACACAUCCCUUUCUUAUGGACAAUGUGCACAAACAUGUGUGUACGUUCCCUCUUUCUACACAGUGGCAGAAAAAACAUGCAAUAGCUUACACGAACACACCCACUUGAAUACACAAAGACAAGGAAUGUGCUUUACACCUGCAUAUGACAUAACAGCGUAUAGCAAUGAAGGGUGUGGGCUUGCGUGGGACAGAGCCAGU